AUGCGAGACAUUAUUUCUGACAAGUUUUCAGACUUAAGUAGUAAAGAAGUUUCAAAUAUUAUUUUAAAGGCAUGGUCAUGUCUUUUUGAAAAUUAUAAAACAAAAUAUAAAAUGAAGAAGAAUAUUCUGAAAAAAAAUUUUGAUAUUAUAGAUGUUAUUCCUUCUCAAAAGAAAAAAAAAAUUUCUGAUAAUCUUUAUUCAUACCCACAAUAUCCAACACAAAUUGGAUUUAUACCCCCAAAUAGUGAAACUAUAAGAAAUACAAUUAUUAAUGCAUCUAAUCGAACAAAUAAACAAAUUCAGACUAAAAUAAUAGAAACUGCUGAGUUUUUAAUUGAUGUUGUUCUUGAUGUGAUGAAUUUUUCAGGAGAUGAUGCAACGGAACUUGUUAAAAAAUUUCAACUUAUAUUAUCAAAAUUUGGAUUAACUCAUAAAAAUAUCAUAAGCAUUACUAAUGACAAUUAUGAUGUGAAAGUUCUUUUGACACAAAUAAAAAUCGAAAUUAUUCCAUAUUUGACAAAUAUUUUACAAAUUAACGUUAAAUCAGGACUUUCUUGUAUUAAUGAUAUUUUAGACAAGUCAAAAAAGUUAAUUGAAGUUUUAAGCAAUAAUACAAAUCACCAGAAAUUAAGAGACAUUCAACAGCAAAUUGAUCAAAAUAUAAAACAACCAUUGGAUGUAAUAGAUGUUAAAGAAGACUAG